GAGUGUCCGCGGCAUUUUUCUUCUCGGUCUCAGCUCUGUUUCUCUCGCAGGUUCGCAAACACUCCCUGCUUCCUCUCUCUCUCUCUCAAUCUUCCUCAGUCUGCUCUUCUUGGUGUUGCCCUAAUUUCCUUGUUCGAGAAUGGGAAAAGCCGUAGUUUCCGACGAAGAAGAUGAGGUCGAGGUCGAAGAGGAGGACGAAAGGGAUCCCGUACAUAGAGACGCAGCCCGCGAUGUAGACGAAGACGAAGAGGAUGAAGACGACGAAGAAGGGCAAGAUGAAUAUGAGAAGGAUGGAUUUAUAGUGGAUGACGUUGAUGAAGAAGAGGAACAAGAUGAAGAAGAGAGGGAAGACAGUGACGAGGAGAGGCAGAAGAAGAAGAAAAGGAAGAAAAAAGAGAAUUAUACACUCGAUGAAGAUGAUUAUGAACUCCUUGAGGACAAUAAUAUCACCAUUCCCCGUUGGAAGCAGAGCAAAAAGUUUAAGCGGCUGAAAAAAGCUCAGGGGGUUUCUGAGGAAGAGCCCUCUGGGUUCUCUGAUGAGGAGGAAAUUUUUGGAAGUGGUAAAAGUGGGCGGACUGCUGAGGAGAAGCUCAAGCGCAGUUUAUUUGGCGACGAUGAAGCAGCUCCACUUGAGGACGUCGCUGAAGAGGAGGAACAAGCAGAAGAAGAGGAUGGGGACAUUGGUGAAGAGGAUGAGAUGGCAGAUUUUAUUGUGGAUGAAGAAGAUGAACAUAGAGCUCCUCCCAAAGGAGGCAGGCGGCUAAAGAAAGGAGGGAAUAGAAGGGCACUGGGAAUUUCCUCAUCUGCUUUGCAGGAAGCUCAUGAAAUAUUUGGUGAUGUUGAUGAACUCCUGCAGCUCCGUAAGCAAGGCUUAGAUUCUAGUGAAUGGAGGGAAAGGAGACUUGAAGAUGAAUUUGAACCGAUUGUUCUUUCUGAGAAGUAUAUGACAGAGAAGGAUGACCAAAUACGAGAGCGUGAUGCCCCAGAGAGAAUGCAGAUAUCUGAGGAAAGUACGGGUUCACCUCCGUUAGAUGAAGUUAGCAUAGAUGAAGAGAGCACCUGGAUAUACAGUCAACUCGCAAGUGGUACUGUACCUUUAUAUGGCAAGAGGGGCAGGGGGACACCUAAGGAUGGGUGGGAUCUUUCUAUCAACAAGGAUGACAUCAUGAGAUUUUUGGACCUGCUGCAUGUGCAGAAAUUAGAUAUCCCCUUUAUUGCUAUGUAUCGGAAGGAAGAGUGCCUAAGCCUAUUGAAAGAUCCUGAGCAACCUGAAGCUGAUGAUGAUGAUAAUCAGGAUAGGAGUGAUAGGACGCCCACGCUUAAGUGGCACAAGGUACUUUGGGCAAUUCAAGACUUGGACAGAAAGUGGCUCCUACUUCAGAAGCGAAAGAGUGCCCUUCAGUCAUACUAUAAUAAGCGGUUUGAGGAAGAAUCUCGGCGUGUUUAUGAUGAAACAAGACUCAAUUUAAAUCAGCAACUUUUUGAAUCAAUCAUGAAGUCACUCAAGGCGGCAGAGUCGGAAAGGGAGGUUGAUGAUGUUGAUUCCAAGUUUAACUUGCAUUUCCCGUCUGGCGAAAUUGGUGUUGAUGAAGGACAAUACAAGAGGCCUAAGAGGAAAUCCCUGUAUAGCAUUUGUGGGAAAGCUGGCCUAUGGGAGGUUGCGAGCAAGUUUGGCUACAGUUCUGAGCAAUUUGGAUUGCAACUAUCCUUAGAAAAGAUGAGAAAUGAUGAGUUGGAGGAUCCUAAGGAAACACCAGAGGAGAUGGCAUCAAACUUUACAUGUGCCAUGUUUGAGACACCUCAAGCUGUGCUUAAAGGGGCCAGGCACAUGGCAGCUGUGGAAAUCAGUUGUGAGCCAUGCGUUAGGAAACAUGUGCGUAGCAAUUUUAUGGAUCAUGCUCUGGUAUCAACAUGUCCAACACAUGAUGGCCUUGCGGCAAUAGAUCCUUUUCAUCAGUGUGCUGGGGUAAAGUGGUUGCGGGAGAAGCCCUUGAGUGCAUUUGAUGAUGCACAAUGGCUCCUUAUCCAGAAGGCUGAAGAGGAAAAGCUUCUUCAAGUUACUAUUAAGAUGUCAGAAGAAGACUUGAAUAAGUUGACAAGUGACUUUAAUGAGUACUAUCUUAGUGAUGGUGUUAGUAAAUCUGCUCAACUGUGGAAUGAGCAGAGAAAGUUGAUAUUGCAGGAUGCACUUUUUGGGUUUCUUCUACCUUCGAUGGAGAAAGAAGCAAGAUCUUUGUUGACUAAUAGAGCGAAAAAUUGGUUACUUGUGGAGUAUGGUAACGUUUUGUGGAGUAAAGUCUCAGUAGGGCCAUAUCAAAGGAAGGAAACUGAUAGCAGUUCUUAUGACGAAGCUUCCCCAAGAGUCAUGGCUUGUUGUUGGGGUCCUGGAAAGCCGGCAACCACUUUUGUGAUGUUAGAUUCAUCAGGGGAGGUGCUGGAUGUGCUUUAUACUGGAUCCCUUACUUUGCGGUCCCAAAAUGUUAAUGACCAGCAGCGGAAGAAAAACGACCAGGAACGUGUAUUAAAGUUCAUGAUGGAUCAUCAACCACAUGUUGUUGUUUUAGGAGCUGUGAAUUUGUCAUGUACUCGCCUGAAGGAGGAUAUAUAUGAGAUUAUUUUCAAGAUGGUGGAGGAAAAUCCCAGAGAUCUUGGCCGUGAGAUGGAUGGGUUAAGCAUUGUUUAUGGUGAUGAAUCUCUACCUCGUCUAUAUGAAAACUCUCGGAUUUCUUCUGAUCAGCUACCUGGGCAACCAGGCAUUGUUAAGCGAGCUGCUGCCCUUGGGCGAUAUUUACAAAAUCCUUUGGCAAUGGUUGCUACACUAUGUGGACCAGGAAGGGAGAUUUUAUCAUGGAAACUCAGUUCCCUAGAGAACUUUCUUGCCCCAGAUGAGAAGUAUGGAAUUAUUGAACAGGUUAUGGUUGACUUAACAAACCAGGUGGGCCUUGACAUUAAUUUAGCCAUUGGCCAUGAAUGGUUAUUUGGUCCUUUACAGUUCAUUUCUGGAAUUGGGCCCAGAAAGGCCGCAUCUAUGCAGAGGUCCAUGGUAAGAGCCGGGGCAACUUUUACCCGAAAGGACUUUGUCACUGUGCAUGGACUUGGUAAAAAGGUGUUUGUCAAUGCGGUUGGUUUUCUGCGUGUCCGGCGGAGUGGAUUGGCUGCUGCUAGCUCCCAAUUCAUUGAUUUGUUGGAUGAUACAAGAAUACAUCCAGAAUCUUAUGGGCUUGCACAAGAGUUGGCCAAAGAUGUUUAUGAUGAGGACAUAAGAGGUGAAGCAAAUGAUGACGAUGAUGCCUUGGAGAUGGCAAUAGAGCAUGUUAGAGAAAGGCCUAGUAUUUUGAGAGUCCUUGAUGUUGAUGCCUAUGCUAAGAGCAAGAACCGUGAAAAUAAGAAGGAAACAUUCUAUGAUAUUAAAAGGGAACUAAUGCAGGGUUUUCAAGAUUGGCGUAAGCAAUAUGAAGAGCCAAGUCAAGAUGAGGAGUUUUAUAUGAUUUCAGGUGAAACUGAGGAGACCCUUGCUGAGGGAAGAAUUGUGCAAGCUACAGUCCGCAGGGUGCAAGCUCAGAAAGCAAUUUGUGUGCUGGAAUCUGGAUUGACUGGGAUGCUCAUGAAGGAAGACUAUUCAGAUGAGUGGAGGGAGAGUCCUGAUUUAUCAGACAGGCUACAUGAAGGUGACAUUCUCACUUGCAAGAUUAAGUCGAUUCAGAAGAACAGGUAUCAGGUCUUCCUAGUUGCUAGAGAGAGUGAGAUGCAAAAUAAUCGACAUCAGUAUGUUAGGAACUUUGAUCCCUAUUAUCAUGAAGACCGGAGCCAGCUACAAAGUGAACAAGAAAAAGCUCGCAAAGAAAAGGAGCUAGCGAAGAAGCUAUUUAAGCCAAGGAUGAUUGUUCAUCCUCGUUUCCAGAAUAUAACCUUGGAUGAAGCCAAGGAGUUCUUGUCUGACAAGGAUCCUGGCGAAAGUAUUAUCAGUCCCAGUCGCCAUGGGCCUUCACAUCUGACUCUAACUCUCAAAGUUUAUGACGGAGUUUAUGCUCACAAGGACAUAGUUGAAGGUGGAAAGGAGCACAAGGACAUCACAAGCUUGCUUCGUAUUGGGAAGACGUUGAAAAUUGGGGAGGACACUUUUGAGGAUUUGGAUGAGGUAAUGGAUCGAUAUGUUGAUCCUUUAGUGUCUCACUUGAAGGGAAUGCUAAGUUACCGCAAGUUCAGAAAGGGAACAAAAGCGGAAGUUGAUGAACUCCUCAGAAUUGAGAAAUUGGAGUAUCCUAUGAGAAUAGUUUAUUGUUUUGGCAUCUCUCAUGAGCAUCCAGGCACAUUCAUUCUGACUUAUAUAAGAAGUACAAAUCCGCACCAUGAGUAUGUUGGUCUAUAUCCAAAGGGAUUCAAGUUUAGGAAAAGGAUGUUCGAGGACAUUGAUCGGCUUGUGGCAUACUUUCAGAGACAUGUUGAUGAUCCUCAAUCAGCGCAAUCUCUCAGAUCUGUCGCUGCUAGGGUGCCAAUGCGAAGCCCUGCAACUGGGGGCUCUUCAGGGGCAUCCAUGGGUAGUGGAUGGGGUGGUUCAACCAACGAGGAUAAUUGGAGAGGCCAGUCUUACGACAGGGAUCGUUCUUCUACUCCUGGUUCAAGAACAGGACGUAAUGAUCAUAGAAAUGGCAGUGGCCGAGAUGGACAUCCGAGUGGGGUGCCAAGGCCAUAUGGUGGGCGUGGCCGUGGUCGAGGCUCAUUCAACAGCACGAGAGGAAAUAAUUCCAGCAAUGAGAGGCAGGAUUCUGGUUAUGAUGCUCCUAAAUGGGAUUCGGCUACCAAGGAUGGGGAAGAUGGAUGGGGCAAUUUUCCAGGUGCCAAAAUUCAAAACUCACCUGGCAGGGAGGCCUUCCCAGGUGGUUGGGGUAAUGGUGGAAGCGACAGAGGAGGUAGUAGUAGUAGUUGGGGUGGGGAUGGGGCUAGUGGCAGCGACAAUGGUGGGUGGGGGAAUGGAAAUGGUGGUGGCAGAGGAAAUUGGAGUGGUGCCGGUGCAAAUGAUGCCGCUCCUGAUAACAGGAGUUCAGGGUGGGGAACUACUCCAAAGAGAAGUUCUUCGCAGUCCCAGGCUGGGAAUGGAUGGUCUGGAAGCGGUGGCGGCAGCGGCAGCGGCGGUGGUGGUUGGUGAAGCCACAUAAGCUUUAGGAUAUCGCCAUCCCCUUUUCCAGGUCUCUCCUUCCCAACAAGUGUCGGAUGUUCAGUCGGUAAAAGUUGGGACCCAUUUUGGACCUUCCCGGGCCUCUCGAGUAGUUAUGGAAUUGAUUGUAAUGGCCAAUACUCGACGCUUUUGUAUGUUCAUUUACAAAUUAUAGUACUGUGGUAGAAGUGUCUUAUCUAUUGAUUGGUGCAGGGUAAUGGCUUUCCUUUUGCCCUUUUUCUCAUCUAUUGAUAGGCUCCAGAGUAUAUUCCUUUACUUUCUUAUUUUUUUAAAA